UCUUAGGUCUAGUGGAGCUUUUUUCGUUGCAUUGUGACCAACCUUAUUUGAUUUCCCAAGCAGCCAAUCAGGUGAAUGUAGAUGAAUCUAGUGAACCAAUCAGACAGCAGUCAGCAGCGUAUGUCCCUGCGUGGUGAGAGUGUUGACACUGCUAUACCUUUGUCAGACCUGCUGUGUGAAGGAUGGGGAUGCAAGCUGAGAAGAUGGCAGUGUGCCUUCUAAAUAUGUCCCUGCUCUGGUCUGUGUGUGAAGCGCAGCUAAGUGACAUCUCUCAGCCAGCUGCUUUCCAAGCAGUUGAGCUAGGACACACCGUCACUUUUACAUGUAACAUUAAAAGUGCUGCCAGAACCAGGGUGUGGUACACACUAAACACUGGGAGGAGACUUCAGCCGCUGGCCUCCACGGAUACUUUAUAUAAUCUGACAAUAAUUAAAGACAAAUCACAUCGUUAUGAGGUCCAAUCGGACCACAUCAGCAGUCUUCUGACUAUCCUGAGGACAACGUGGGAAGAUGUUGGCACAUACUACUGUGGAGUGAUGGACUUAAGAGACAUUCAGUUUGGACAAGGAACUUUUUUGAUGAUAACAGGUGCAAACCCGAUCAGGGACUCUAGCGUCCAGCAGCGGGAGUCUGGACCCGUCCAGCCAGGAGACUCUGUGACUCUCAGCUGUUCUGUUCGCACAGGCCGCUGUGCAGCAGAACACAUUAGUGUCACGUGGCUGAAAAGCUCUCAUCCCUCUGCUCCGCAAAUGAUCUACUACUCUGGAAAUAAGAGCUGCCAGAGGACCGAGAGUGGAGAGACUAGUUGUGUGUACGAGCUUCUCCUGAGGAACCUCAGCUCUGAUGAUGCUGGAACCUUCUACUGUGUCCUGACGUCAUGUGGACAGACGUUGUUCGGAAACGGAACCAGGAUUAUUGUUCACAGAGACGUUGCCUUCACAGAAUCAGUUGAGCUGAGUCCAACUGUCAUUGCACUCAUGCUGUCAAACACCGUUCUUGGGAUUGGGACACUUGUGCUUGUAUGGACACUUUGCAAAAACCACAAGAAAUAUCCCACAGCUGCACUUGAAUCCAGGGAUGGAUCUCAUGAAGCAAGUCAGCCUGGAGAUGCAGUGACAUAUGCAGCCGUGUGCUCUGCUCCCAGAGGCUCCUCCCGCAGAACAGCUCCAAUGGAAUACAGUAGUGACGCCGUGGUUUAUUCUCAUGUCAAGUUCUCUACACAGGACUGA